AAAAGAAAAGAAAAGAAAAAAUGAUAGUAUGAAAUGAUAAAUCAUAAUAAAUAUUUCAUAUUCCCUUGUGAAUCUGCAACAUUCCUGCAUCGUCCAGACUCACCGAUCAAAUUUAAUUACAUAUGGUUGUGGUCUCCACAUUCUGUCCUUAUCAAUCAUCUCACUCCACAUCUCAAUCAUUUCGAUACAUGAUGCAUUAUUACUCCAUUUCUAUUUCUACUCUCUCUUCUUUUCAAUCAUAAUGCUCCUUCAAAAGUUACUAAUCUUCGUUAUCCUCACAAGAGAAAGAUACACAUACAUGAUGAUGAUGAUGGAAUUCCAGAACCGCAGAGUGCUACUACUCCUCAACAAGGAUGUUCCAAUAUCUUCACCGCCGCCGCCGCAGCCGCCAGCGUCGUCAUCACCGGUGAUGGCGAUGUAUGGAUCAUCGUCAUUGCAAGUACCAGCUCGUCCGAUCUUCAGUUCAAACGUAGCCUACGCCUUCAUCAUCCUCCUCACCACGCUGUUCUUCCUGGCCUUCAUCCUCCUCUUCCUCCGCCAAUUCUCGUCGUCCGGCAGCAGAAGCCGUUGCUCGGAGGAAACGACGGAGAAGUGGGCGCUGCCGACAGUUGCGUACAGUAGGGGGAAGAGGAAGGUGAAAGAGCAGGAAGAGGAGUGCGUGAUAUGUUUGGAAGAGCUUCGCGAGGGUGAAACGGUAAAAAUGAUACCUCACUGCAAGCACGUGUUCCAUCCUAACUGCAUUGACACGUGGCUCCUCACUCACGUGACAUGCCCCGUGUGCAGAUGCCCCAAGGUUUGUGAAGAAGAAGAAGAGAAUGAUGAGGGAGAAACAAGAAUAAGAAGAGAGGUAGUUGAAAUUCAGUUACAAGAGUCUCAAACUGAAAGAGCGGUGAGUAGUGAUGAGAGAAGAGAAGUAACUGGGUUGAGGAGAUCACUCAGCUUCUGACUAUGAAUUUGAUUUCCUCACAUUCAGCUUCCUCAGACGUGUAAAUUAAAUACAUAGUGUAGACAUGCAACACAAACAAGCCACUCUUUGCAUAAACGCUUGAGAACUUGAGAGAUAGCUACUUGCGGCUUCACCUGUAAACUGUAAUGUAAUUUUUUAUUUUUUUUUUCAAAGUUAACUGAAACUUGAACCUAACAUCUCUAGGUGUGAAUGGAGAGACUAUAUUAUUUGAUCUCUAGUUUGUUGGGUAAACUGUAAUGUAAUUACAUGCUACAUAAGUUUAGUU